AUGGCUUCCAAAGAAGAUGGACAGACUUCUAAAGCAAAGUCUUCUCCUAAGGCUUCACACUCUCACGCGAAUAGACCUUCAACUGAGACACACUCGUCAUUACCUAAAGUUGAAAUGGCUGCAUCAAACUAUACUGCACUCCUUAAUAUUGCGGAACAACCCAAAGAAGUCGGAGUUAUAAUUGAAUAUCUGCAACAAUACCCAUUGGCAUAUGCGCUCCUCUCUACUUCUUCAAUUCCUCAAUAUCUUAUCUCAGAAGUAGUUCCAACUGCAGUCAUCUCCCCAAGAGCAAAGUCCAAACAGUUUGAUGUUGAAUUUGAUCUUUUUCAAACUACAUUGGUUCUCCCUAAAGAAGAGUUCUCAUCUAUUUUAGGUCUACAAGAUAAUUCAAGUCAACCUAAGACAUUCGUCACACCGACUUCUGCUCAAUUGUUGACUAUGUUCAAAAACAUGGGGUACAAAUUUGAAGACAACUCUGAACCAUGUCUCUCAAGAAAUAAGAAAUCCUGCCUUCCCACACCAUGGCACUUUCUUACUUUCGUCCUCACUCGAUGUCUUUUGGAUCAGUUGGUGGACACAGUCGCGGUAAAACAGAUCUUUGGAUUCUUGUGUAUGGGCUCUUCUAUGAUGUCAAUGUUGACUACGUGUCUAUUCUUUGGGACGAUUUCCUUAACUUUCUCCCGGCCUCAAAGAAUAAGUUCCUCAUUCAUCAUCCUCGCUAGUGGUUAA